AGAAGAUGAACAAGAGCAGGAAAUUAUCCAUGACAGUGAAUAUGAAGCCAUGACAUCUGAUUUAUUAACAAGAAGAACAGCUUCUAAUAAUUGUUUUGUUAUUCAACCUUAUGUAAAAUGGGGACCAUCUAAAUCAGAUGAAUCGCCAGAAUUGAAAUUAUCGGAAGCUGUUGCUUUAGUAAAUUCAAUACCAGAAUGGAGUGUUGCACACAAGAUAACUGUGCCUUUGGAGACCUUAAAGAAACAUACACUUUUUGGCAAAGGAAAAAUGAAAGAAUUGCAAGAGCUGAUACAAAAAUUUCAAAAGCAACAAAAUAAGGUGACUUCAGUUUUUAUAAGCAUAGGUACUUUGAAAUAUGUUCAAAAACGUUAUCUUGAAAAAAUGUUGAGGUUGCCCAUGGAUAGAUAUUCAAUGGUCCUACAAAUUCUGAGAUUGCAUGCAGUAAGUAAGGAAGCACAAUUGCAGGUUGCUAUGGCUGAGUUACCCUAUGUAUGGUCUCAUGUUAGGGAUAUUGAUCCAAAUGAUUAUGUUGGUGAUUUAACAGAUUUACAUCAUCGACUGAAUGGACGAGAAGCUAAAUUGAGCAGAGCUCUGCAGAAAGUUAGGCAACAUAGACAUUUAUUACGAAAGCAGAGGUUGCAAUUAAAUUUUCCUACUAUUGCAGUUGUUGGCUAUACUAAUGCUGGUAAUUAUUUGAAAACGUGCCUAAUAAAAGCAUUGACUGGGAGUGAUUCAUUGACACCCCAAGAUAAAUUAUUUGCUACAUUAGACAUAACGGCACAUGCUGGAAUUUUACCAGGAAAUUUGAAAGUUAUAUACAUGGAUACUAUAGUUAUGUCUGAUAUUCCAACUAAUCUAUUGGAAUGUUUUCAAGCCACGCUUGAAGAUGCUAUGAUUGCUGAUGUGAUAGUACAUGUUCAAGAUUGGUCUCACCCUGCUCGAACUUUUCAAAAAGCCCAUGUUGAAAAAACAUUAGAAAGGCUACUUUUACAUAAUCCAGAAAGCGAAAAACUUUUGAAUAACAUGAUUACUGUUGCUAAUAAAAUAGAUCUUUGUCCAGAAGAUACAGAUAAUAUUGAGGAAAAAAUUCUACCAAUUUCUGCUAAAAGACUAUUGGGUUUAGAUGAACUAAAAGAUAAAAUUGAAGAAAAAUUAUUACAAGUAACUAGGAGAAUGAAAAUUGACAUGCGUGUUCCCAUGGGGGGUCCAGAGUCGAGCUGGUUGCAUAAACAUGUUGCAGUAACGCAUACAUAUGCAGAUCCAAAUGAUAGUCAAUAUUUAAUUAUGAAUGUUAUAAUCACUGAAUUACAAUUCACUAGAUUUAAAAAUAUAUUUAUAAAGGACCAAAAGUUGGAUAGAUCUAAUUUUAGAUAG